UCGAAAACGUCAAACAGUUUCCCUUCGACUCUAUUCCUCGUUUGAGACAACUCAAGCAGUCAUCAAUCGAGUCACUUAGCAUCCAUCAGUUAAAGAUUAUCCACGUGAGUGUCAACGUCGUGCUGAUGAACUCCAUCAUCAAACAGUUCUACAAGGGAUAUUAAUAAUUGAAUGCUGCUAUCAAUGUUAAUUGAUAAUCACAAUUUCAAAUAUUUAUUGUGAAGUGUCAGUUUUUAAUGUGAAAAUUAGUGUCAAGUUUUUUUUUCUUUAACAAAAGUGUUUAUUAUCAAGAAAUAAAUAUUUUCAAAAUAAAUGGUGGAUUAUUGUAAAUUAAAAAUGUCUGGAAGUGAAGAAGAAUUCGAGAGUCAAAUUCAAUCUGGAAUGUCCAAGGCAGAGCUAAGAAGGAGUAACAAACCAAUUAUGGAAAAGAGAAGACGUGCUCGGAUAAAUCAGUGUCUUGAAGAGUUAAAGAGUCUUAUUUUAGAAGCGAUGAAAAAAGAUCCAUCGCGACAUUCGAAGCUCGAAAAGGCAGACAUCCUCGAAAUGACAGUUAAACACUUGCAAACUGUGCAACGUCAACAAUUGAGUACAGCAGUAGCUACAGAUCCAGCAGUUUUGACCAAAUUCCGCACGGGAUUCUCUGAAUGUGCUAACGAAGUGUCUCGUUAUGUAAAUCAUCUGGAGAACGUUGAUUCAUCGGUAAAACAGCGGCUAGUCUCUCACCUCAACAAUUGUGUGAAUAACCUUCAGCAGAUGGCACCAUUUUACAGUCACUUUGUACCUUAUAUGCCAGAAAGACUAUUCCCGGAGGUAAAAGUCGGCUUUCAAAGUGAUUUCCACAGUGGUGAUGAGAAUAACAAUGCCAGUGCAAGAAUACAAAUACCCAGUGGAGUACAAUUGAUUCCUAGCAGACUUCCUACUGGAGAAUUAGCAUUAUUGGUGCCACAAUCAGCUGGUAUUUCAGCCAAUUUUCCAUUUUUCCCACCAGCAUCUGAAACAUCACGAGUUAGAACUUCUUCAGCUUUCACACCGGUACAGCAACGAUCUCACAGUCCUUUAUUAAGUCCUUCAACAUCAACAUCUAGCUUUGGAGAAGAUUCCCACCACCAAGAUCAUUUUCGUCAAAGUGAUUCGCCCAAUUAUCAGCACCGUUUCAAAAUUCCUGAACAAAGUCCAGCAUCAUCAAAGAGUUUCUCAUCUCCUGAAACACAAAAACCUCAUAUUAGUUCUACAAGUGAUCGGAAAUCACCAGUUUCAGCAUUCUCUGAUCCAAAACAUAAUGGGAAUUCUUUGAGGAAAGAAUCCAUCAAUCAAGAAUCAUCUGAUUUCUUUGUUAAUGGAGCAAAGGGUCAAAAUAUACGUCAACCACUCUCUGUCAUCACCGAUAAAACAUAUAAUCGAGCUCCAAUUCAGUCAACUAAACGAGAAAAUUUAAAAAGACAUCAUUCUGAUGGUUUACUUGUCAUCUCAGAUAAAAGGCCAAAGCUUCAAGAAGCACAAAGUUCUACAGCUUCUAUUUGCAAUACCGUGAAUGGAAAUACACAUCGCAUAAGAGACGAAAAAUUUUCUUCAUCCAUGUCAGUGGAAGAUUUAUCACAAAAAAAUAAUUCCGUCUUGCAGAAUGUUAAUGGACAUAUUUCAUGCCCUUCUGGAUCGUCAGGAUCUCAAUCUAAUGGAGAUAUGUGGAGACCUUGGUGAAAAAUAAUAUUAUUAUUAUAGAACAAAUCACCAAAGUAAAAUAGAUCAAUUUACCUGUACGAUAUUUUUUCCACAAAAAUUAAAAUAGAUUUGUUUUUAAUUCAUUAAAUUAAUUAGUUAUAUAUUUUUAUUAUUGUUUUUAAGCAAUAUGUGUGAUAUGAGUGUGACAAAUAUUUUGUAUUAACAUUUACUCUUAUUUUUAACAUCAAUGAAUUUUUUAAAAGUUUUAUUUAUAAAUGAAA